UGAAAAAUAUCCAAUGCUUUUGUCAUGAAAACAAAGCGUUGAAUGGGAUACACACGUAUCACAACCACGCGCAUUAUACGUAUAAGAUAUAUACAUCAUAUAUGGUGAUUCGUACAUAACAUACCGACUUAUAGAAAUAAGUACGCAAUAUUAAGUUGUUAAACUCGUUGCUGUGAUUUAUUGUUUCAUCGUCUAAUCAUCUUUACUUCUAUCUUUUUUCAUUUGGGUAUGUAAAUAGUCGCUAUAGUUAUUUCUCUCAACAGUUGUUACACGAUUUUAACCUGUAACAUACCUGAGAGAAAUUUUUCUUCUGAUAUUAAAAACCGAUAAAAAUGUCUGAGCAGUUCCUGGGUUGUACUGUUUCUGUGAAAUGUAUUGACGAUAUUACUUAUCAAGGCAAAAUUAUUGAUCUAAAUAAGAAUAGCCUGACAUUGGCAAAAACAUUUUGCAAUGGCAUACCGCAUACUUCAUCCAUUGUUAACCUAAGUGUAAAAGAUAUACAAAAGCUUGAGAUUAUAUCGACGGAAGAAGCAGGAACUAAUGUAAAUGAUAUGCAACUACAGAGUAAGGUGAUUGUGAAGAGGCCAAUUGCGAAAAGGGCUGGGCGAUCUAUUUCAGAAUGUGCUGUACUGCAAGCGGCAAGUUGUCAACCACAAGUGAAUUUAAAAAAACCUGUCGAGUCUAACCAGCAGCAAGUAGAGCAAACUCCAAAUGGGAAGAUUGCUUCAGUCGAAAAUAAUGCGUCUAACAAUAAAUCCAUUUCCAAAAGAUUAACUCAUAAGCAAAGAGCGCUGGAAAGAGACGAGCAUACUUUUGGUACCCCAAUUGAUCAGUCUUUACAGCAAGACUUUGAUUUUGAAAAGAACUUAGCAUUGUUCAAUAAAGAGGCUGUAUGGCAAGAAAUAAACUCCUUAAAACCAGAUAUUGUUAGACAGUCAGAAAGCAACCGGGGUACUACAGCUAUCUAUCGACAUGAUGAAAACAUUCUCGUAUCCGAACCUACAGUGCUCAGACAGAUUGUGGUGCCUUGCCCUAGUGAAAAGGAAUAUGUUACAGAUAACGGUUUAGUAAUUCCGAGCAUCACUCUUAAUCUUCACCGGCAGUUGAUAGGUGCGGCAGAUAGACUGGGAAUAAGUUGGGAACGUAGGGUGGAACUUCUCGGUCGUGCCGGUGCUGAGCUUAUCCUUCAAUUAUUGGGCGGAAGUCAUCGACUAAAUCCGAACAACGCGCAUCAGUGGCCAACUGUGGUCGCGCUGUGCGGACCGCAUCGUUCUGGCGCCGCAGGCAUUAACUGCGCUCGACAAUUGUCUAGUCACGGUGUCAAGACGAUCGUGUUCGUGGAAAGCGUGGAGGACGUGUUUCUUUUGCAGGAGCUAUCGCUGUACAGGCUAACAGAGAACAAAGUAGAGACUAAAGUCAAGAAUCUGCCGUCGCUGGUAGAUCUGAUACUCGUGGCACUCUGCGACGAAGAUUCACCGAGGGUAAUCACACCGAUAGCCAGGUGGGCGAACAGUAAUCGCGCACCUGUACUUGCUAUCGAACCACCGGCGACAGGUACACCCGGUAUUCUUAGCAAAUUCAGUCUAUUGGGUGCGCUACCAUUGUCGCACAGCGUCGACAAUGGUAGAUUGUACUUAUGCAAUCUCGCAUUGCCAAACAAGGUAUAUUCCGACGUCGGCAUCACGUAUAAAUCGCCGUUUGGACCUAAGUUCGUGAUUCCUCUACAUUCCAAUAGCUCUUAGCAAAUUCUUAGAGAUCAUAUUGUGUCUUUUUGAAUGAACGUUUCACUUUACAUUUGUGCGAUUUGUAAACCUUAUAUACAGAGAAAUAUUUUACUUCCGGGGCCCAGUGAGUUGUAAUUAAAGAGUAUAUAUAUAGUUUGGCAUUUGAUAUAUAAACUUUUAGAUAAACUUUUAGAGUAUGGUGGAUUAUAAUACUUUUUGCAUUAAUUGUACAAUAUCCGCGAAUUAGCUACAGCACAUAUACAUAAUGCAUACUAUUUCCAAUAUUAUAUAACUAAAAAGAGUUGUAUUUUGAAGUCUAAAUAAUUAUAUAUAACAUAAAAAAAAUAGAGAUUUUGUCUGUGAAGCUGUGAAAAAAUAAUUCGUUUUAUUAGUAUCACAAGCAUCUACGAUAGAAUUAUUAUUUCAAAUAUAUAACACAUCAUCAAAUAAAGGAUAUAUAAAAGGAUAUAUACUUCUUUAUGGAUAUAAUACAUUGUACCAUGCAUAGUUACAUUGAUAUAUAUACAAUUUGAUACAAUUGAAUGAAAAAUCUCCUUUGCUCACUGUGUAUCUAUAGUUUAUAUUAAUAGAUUAAGGUGAGAUAGAGAGAGAAAGAAAGAGUGGAAGAUAUGCGAGAAAUUAAAUUAUGAUAAAUUCUCAUGAUUACAGAGAGAAUUGUUUUCAUUUUUUUCAAUUGAUAGAUCUAAUUAAUGAGAAGCCUGUAAACUUAUUAAUGACACUUGAGGUAUUUCCUUGUAUGACAUGGAAAAUUAACAGUAAAAAAUUUAUAAUAAAAAAAGAAAAAAUUAAAUGUGUGUGGCUUUUGUAUGCACAAACAAAAGAAAAAAAUCUAUAUAUUUUUAAUAAUUUAUAAUGUACUAUUUAUGUAAUUGUUAAAAAUAUCCGUGACGCUUAAUUGGCGCAUCCAUUCUGCAUGCGGUCAAUUAAUUAAAUGACAGAUGUUUUAUAUUUGCACAUCUACUCUUUAUUAUUGUUUGGUAAGCUCUUGUUGCUCAUACAUAUAUACUAGAUAUUACUUCAACUUUCAUCAUUUAUAUUUCGAUUAUAAUAGCAAUAUAGAUGUAUCGAAAUUAUUAUAACGCGCAAAAAAUAUCUCGAGCGUUGUGUAAAAUACCUAUAUAUAUAUGCUAAAACUUGAUUGUGUUCCUUUUUGUACUGAUUUUUUUAAGCAGUUUAUAAUGAAACAUAGAUGUGCUUUCUAUCAACAGUCACAUAUUUAUGUAAUACAUAAUUGUAAAUCUAGAAAUCUGCGCAAUACAACAGUUUCUUGAACAUA